AAGCACUCCCCAACGUUAAGAAGUAAGAACCAUUCACUAAAGCAAAACCAACUAUGGCCUCUCUUCCUCUUUCAUGCGCCACCACCACCACCACCUCCGCCACUCCCCUCCGCCACUCCUCCCCUCCUCCUCUCUUCACCAAACCCUCACUCUUCAUCACCCGCCAUGCAAAUGGCAGCCACCACCACCGCGGCCUCCACGUCAUCUCCGCCCAAAAACAAAACGACAACCCCGAAAGCACUCAUCCCCAAGGAAAACUCGACCGGCGCAACGUCCUUCUCGGUAUGGGCGGCCUCUACGGAGCCGCUGCCAGUCUCGUCUCGACACCGCCUGAGGCCUCCGCCAACCCGGUCCAGGCGCCGCAGCUCGACAAGUGCGGCACCGCCACCGACCUAAACACCGGCAAGAAGCUGGAUCUCAACUGCUGCCCGCCGGUGACCGACAAUAUCAUCGACUACAAGAUCCCGCCGGCCUUGCGCAUGAAGCUACGGCCGUCGGCCCACAGGGUCUCGGCCCAGUACAUGUUCAAGUACAACCUCGCCGUGGACCGCAUGAAACGCCUCCCGGACGACGAUCCACGUAGCUUCAGCCAGCAAGCCAUGAUACAUUGUGCUUACUGCAACGGCGCUUACGACCAACCGGGGCAGGGCUCGCUGGAUUUACAAAUCCACAACUCGUGGCUCUUCUUUCCGUUCCAUCGAUGGUACCUAUAUUUCUACGAAAGAAUCCUCGGGAAACUUAUCGGAGACCCGACAUUUGCUCUGCCGUUCUGGAACUGGGACAACCCUAAAGGCAUGACCAUCCCGCCCAUGUUUCUCGACGAAAAAUCCGCAAUCUACAACUCAAAGCGGAACCAGGACAACCUGAAAGCCAUCGUGGAUCUCGGCAUGACCGGAAACAAGGACCCUCUUCAGGUGGUCUCCAAUAAUCUGACCGUAAUGUACUCGGAGAUGAUCCGUGGGAAUGCUGACGUGUACGACUUCAUGGGACAGCCUUACAGAGAGGGGACGGCUGUGAACCCUGGCCCCGGCUCGUCUGAGCGCGGGUCCCACACGGCGAUCCACGUGUUCGUGGGGGACCCGCGGGAGCCGAGCGGGGAGGAUCUAGGCAACUUCUACUCGGCGGGGCGGGACUCGCUCUUCUACUCCCACCAUUGCAACGUGGACCGCAUGUGGACGCUGUGGCAGUACUUCCUGCCGAGCAACAAAGUGCCCGACAAAAAGAUCACCGACCCGGAUUUCCUCAACGCGUCCUUCUUGUUCUAUGACGAGAACAAGCAGCUCGUUAGGGUUUCAGUGAAGGACUCGUUGGACAAUCUUAAAAUGGGGUACGAGUACGAGAGGGUGGAUCUGCCGUGGCUGGACUACCGGCCGCCGCCGCAGGCGGCGGCGGCCAGGAUCACGAGGACCAGCGCCUCCGCCGCCCCCAAGGCGGAGACGCUGUUCCCUCUGAAGCUCGACAGGGUCGUCAGGUUCGAGGUUCAGAAAUCGAAGAAGGGGAAAGCGGACGAGCUCUUGGUUCUCGAGAACAUUACGGUCGACACGACAAAGUUUCUGAAGUUCGACGUUUUCGUGAACGACGAGGACGAUGGCGCGACGGAGCUGGACAAGGCGGCGUACGCGGGAACGUACGCGCAGGUGCCGCACAAGACGGCGAAUAAAACUGCCACCACUUCGAUCCGGCUGAAGCUGACGGAGUUGUACGAUGACAUGGAUGUCGGAGACGAUGACACGAUUGUGGUUACGUUGGUGCCGAGGCAUCAGGGGCCUGGUGUUACUAUUGGUGGUAUCAAGAUCAUCGAGAAUCCAACUCCACCACCCAGUUAAUUAAUGAAAUCAUCGAUUUCCCUUUUGGUAAAUUUGCAUGAAUAAGAUGUUUCCCUGGCUGUUAAUUCAGGUGAAGCGGCGUCGUUUCUGUAUUUUAUUUUUAGUUUGAUUGGAUUGCAAUGUUAUGUGCUAUGUUUGUUGUACUUUUUCUUGAUUCGGAAAUAAAAAUUGGUUGUGAUUUAUGAUUGUUUA